AUGCUCCUUCUACUCCUCCUCGUUGGCUCAGCAGUUGCUCAGAAUCCCCUGACGAAAGCAUGGAAUGAGGCAGUACCCGGAGUGCAGCCGUUCUGGGAGAAGUAUCAGACAGGACCACAUGGAGUUGUAAUCAGAGGAUGGCAAUUCUCCAGAUGUGCCAGUGAACAGUGGACCAACUACGUCGUAAACGUCUCCAACAUUGUCAUCUGGCCAGACUACCCACGAUUCCCAGGACCAAUCUUCUUCAAUGUCACCAUGGAUGUGUCGGAAGACUUGCCACUCGACAAAAUUGAGAUGGACUUGGAGGUUCGUCACGCUGUGACCAACAAGCAAGGAUCCAAGGGAUGGCAAGUCAUCCCAUGCCAAGGAUGGAACAUUAUUGAUGGAUGUGAUGGAGUUGGAUCAUGCCGCUACUGCGACAUGCUCGACAAGUGCAACGAGGCUGUUUCUGGAGCCCACAAGUACGUCAAGGACCGCAAGGCUCUCGAUUUCUUGAAGCAAAACAAGCUGUGCCCACCACCAAAAGGACACUGGACCAUGACUUUCUCAAAGGUUUUCAGUUCUGAGGAUCUUCCAAAGUCCUUCUUCGGACCACUUCAAUCGAACGAAUACUGGCUGACCUUCUCAUUCACCGACGGAAAGGACAAGAAGCUCGGCUGCGCCCGUCUCUGGGUUGACGUCUGCAAGUACCAUCUCCAAGACAAAUCCCAAAAGUGCCUUCGGGAUCCAAACGCCUUCAAGAACUUCAUCAACGAAAUCUCAUCGCAAGCCGAACAGAUUCGUUCUAGAAAUGGAAAGUAA